AAUAGAUAUCUUUUAUGAAAAAAAAAUGUUUCUUUUAUUAAUUAAUCUUUUAUCGUUAAGAUAUAAUAUUUGAAAGAAAGUAUUGAAAUACUAUUAAUCAUUUUUACAGAGUAAUCAGUAAUUAUCAGAUUUUAUACAUUUUAUUGAAUGAAUAUGAAUGAUAAAGAUACAGUUGAUGAUGCAGCUAUAAUAGCUCCUGAAUCUGAAAAUGAUAAUGAACCACAACAACUAACUGAAGAUUUAAAAGAUUUGCCAGAUACAGAACCAAUUUUACAACACCAUAAUAAUGAACUAGAAGCUAUGUCUGUUGACGAAACAGAAGAAUCAAAUGGUUUAAAACUAGCCCAUGAAAAAAUUCAUGAUGAAUCUGAAAAAGCUGAAGAAAAAAUGGAAACUAAUGAAUUACCUAUGGCUGUGGAUGUAGCUCAGCCUCAAGAUUCAGAACCGGUGUCAACAUUUGAUUCUGCUCUUACACAUGACGGUAAUAAUAGUUUGGAAUCUAUCAAAAGUGAUAUAACUUCUAAUCAAAAUAAUGAAGCCUUGAAUGAAAAUAUUAUUGAAGGUAAUCACCAACAAUCUAUGCCUUCAGAUAGUUCAGUUUCUACUAACAAUGAAAUCAAACUUGAUAAUACUGGAGUUGAUAUAGAUCAACAAUCAGUUUUGAGUAUGAAAGAUUCAGAGUUAAAGGAUUUAGUAAUGAGAGAGCUGUCUGAAUUUUUAACUGAUGAACCAUCCCAAAAUGGAGGAUCAAUUCCUGACAUCAAAUCAGAAGAUUCAAAAAUUGAAGAUCAAAAAAAUAUUGAACAUUUAGAAAAUUCUCUAAGUGAAGUUAUUAAGAUUGAAUCAAAAGAAGAAAAAAAAUCUGAAAAUGAUAUUGCGGAUGCCCUUUCAACAUUAGCAACUGCAGCUUUAAAUCAAGGUUCUACAAAUGGUUCUAAUGAUGUUGUGAUGUCAAAACCAACUAUGGCUGUGCUCCCUGUAAAACAAGAUGGACCUGCAUGGUGUGAUGUAGGUGUGAUUAAAGGUACUACUUGUUUAGUAAAACAGUUUUAUUCAACAACAACUACUGAUGAACAUGAAAGUACUAGCUUAGAUCAUUUACCUGAUUAUACAAACAAAUUAAAAAUUGAUAUUCAACCUGGUACGGCAUAUAAGCUUCGUAUUGCAGCUAUAAAUGCGUGUGGAAGAGGAGAAUGGAGUGAAAUAUCAGCUUUUAAAACUUGCUUGCCUGGAUAUCCAGGGGCUCCAUCUGCUAUAAAGAUAACAAAAGCACCAGAUGGAGCUAGUUUAACAUGGGAAGCACCUCCGUCAAGUUCUGGUAAAAUAUUGGAGUAUUCAGUUUGUUUAGCAAUUAAAAGUCCAAAAGAUAUUCCCCAGCAAAGUCCUAAAGCUGUAACAACAAGUUUGAACUUUGUACGAGUAUAUUGUGGCCCUCAAAAUGCUGCUGUAGUAAGUCAUGAGUCACUUGGAGCGGCAUUAAUUGAUAGAACUAAUAAACCUGCUAUUAUUUUUCGAAUCGCUGCUAAAAAUGAAAAAGGUUAUGGUCCUGCUACCCAAGUAAGAUGGUUACAAGACAGUAAUAUUCCUGGGUCAAAUAAAAUACCUUCGAUGAAGCGAGAAAAAAGUGUGAAUUUACUGACUGGUGUUCCAAAAAGACCUAAGUUGUGAAGUCUUAUAUACAAUUUUGGUUUAAAAAUGUCUUAUUUAUAAUUAGUUUAAACUUUUUUAUUUACAUUAACAAUUGUAGUCAUAAUUACGUUUAUAAUAUGUAACAAUUAAUUGGAAUUAAUAGCAAGUAAAAUAUUUGGAAAAUGUGAAGCUCAUCUUGUUAAAUUAAAUUAAUAUUGUUUUCCUUUUUUGAUAA